AGACCUUAACUAGUAAUAAGUUAAAAAAUAUGUAAGUAUAAAAUAGAAUAAGUUUAUGUAAAUCUUUAGAAGCAGACAAGUUUACUAUAAGUUAACCAGUUAAUCUGUACUUAUACCAUCAUAUGAUUUAAGCAGAUACAAAAUAAAAUUAAUAUAACAAGUUUUAAAAACUUUUCCCAGCAAUUUAAACGACGUCGCGAGCAUCAGUCAGUAUACGUAAUGCAUACAAAAUACGUUGGUAGUAGUAAGAGUAGUAGCACGCAGAGUCGGCGAAGUUGAUGCGAUGCGUUCCUGCAGUGCGACGCGCGCCGCCGCGCCGCGCCUCUCACGCUGCUGCCCACCAGUCUAGGGACUGUUGGGCGACUUAUGAAUCUUAAGUAACCCAAUUCAAAGACAGCUUUGGUUUUGGUAAUAAAAAGUGGCUAAACGUUGAAUCGAUGGUAAAGAGGUUGGUUAGGGGAUGUGCCGGGGAGCGCGGGGUCGCGGCGUGCGCGCGCCGUCCUCGCCGCAGUGUGCGAGUGUUACAGUCGUCCGAGAGUUGCCGCGCGUGUCACAAGCGACAGAGGCGCGAUCGCAAGCUAUCGCGCGAUCUAACAAGUCGCUCGUGUUGCCGGGAACACGCACGCGGCUAAUAUUUUGCCGUACGGACGCAACAAACACGCCGGCGAUCACGAUGCGACCCAUUUGAAAUUGAGAGUACAAAGCAAUGGCCGUUUCGGCCAAAUUCGCCUUCGGUAUUUCUUUCGCACGACGUUAAUGGUAUGCCUGCCAAGAUGAUGAGCGCGCGGGGCGGCGCAGCGGCCGCCGCCGAAGUCAGUGUGGCUGACAGUCCCCUCGCCUCCUUCGAGACUCUGACACAAGCCGCUGUCAUCGCAGUCAUGGGCAUUGCCAUUGUCGUCUCUAACCUACUUAUUAUUGCUUCUUUUCUUAACUUCAAAGGGCUGUCCAACGAGGUGAUCAACUAUUACCUGCUGUCGCUGGCUGUGGCGGACCUGCUGAUCGGGCUGCUGGUGGUGCCGCUGUCCGUGUACCCGGCGCUCACGGGCCGCUGGAUGUUCGGCGACCUCAUGUGCCGCCUUGCCGGCUACGUCGAAGUCACGCUCUGGUCCGUCUCAGUCUACACCUUUAUGUGGAUCUCCGUUGACCGUUAUCUCGCCGUCAGGAAGCCUCUCCGAUAUGAGACGGUUAGUGCGACGGUACAAACCCGCACUAGGAGCCAAUGUUGGAUGGUUUUUACUUGGAUCUCUGCCGCAAUGCUCUGCUGUCCCCCAUUACUCGGUUAUAAAAAGGAGGCAAACUUCGACAAGGAGACGUUCAUCUGCAUGUUGGACUGGGGCACGACGUACGCGUACACGGCCACGCUGGGCAUCCUGGUGCUGGGCCCCAGCGUCAUCUCCAUCGUGUACAACUACUACUACAUCUUCUCGAUGAAGCGCCGGCUCAACAGCGGCGUGCCCAUCCACGACAAGGAGUACGCCACCGCGCUGGCCGAGAACCUCUCCAACCCGAGCCACUGGAUGAGCUUCGUCAUGGUUUGCGCCUUCUGGUUGAGUUGGACCCCCUACGUCGUCGUCAAGCUCUAUGAAUAUUUCACUGAUCAAGAGAUAAAGGUUCCUAUGUUGCAUUUCGGAGUAGUGUGGAUGGGAAUUCUCAACUCGUUUUGGAAGAUCGUGAUUCUGAUCUCGUUAAGUCCUCAGUUCCGGCUCGCUCUCAGGAUACUCUGCCUGACGGCUUGCUGCCGCACCAAGGGGCGCCUGCAAGCCGAGUUGAUUGGCAUGGACAACGAUGACUGAGUCCACCUCUUGGCGGGUAUGUAAAUCCUCUGUGAACUGAUAGCCCGAAGACAUACACGGUAGAGUGUGAGUAGCCGGAACUGUGGAUUUAGAUACCUGGCCUGGCAAUACUCUUGUCCACACUGGUCUGAAUGUCCUAGACUUUAGAACCGCUGUGGUUUAUUAACACAUAUUGACGUCUUGAUGUCGUGAUGUUGCUGUGAAUUAGAAUGUCGUAAAGUUUCUUGACAAAUAUAUAUGUAUGUAUAUAAUUCAACAAUCACUACUGAUCAUUCCUGUAAUCUUAGGCUUGACACGAUUAUAAAGGCGACUUCAAUCUAACUUGCAUUUGUUUGUAAAACAACGGGUAGUUGUUGUAUUGUAGACUGUCAUAAUAACUUUUGGUCUAUCUAUUUCUAUAGAUCAUAAUUUUCGACAAUAAUGUGUUUCAGUUAAAAGUAAACACUUUGCCGUGUGCAAUAAAGUUCAUAUCAUUUUCUCAAUGAUUAUUCGUUAGCUAUAAGCAUUAUGUAGUAUUUAAUAUAUUCUAAACUUAGUACGGUAGAAAUCGUCAAACUAGUUUAUGAUUGGGAAGUAUGGUUAUGAGUAAGAAUCACUAUAUUUACGAUGAAUUCGAGUAUGAUCAGUUGUUAAAGUGGAGUGCCGCGUUCAAUAAUAUUUUGGCACCUGCAGUAACUGCGUACGGCAAUUUAGUAAAUAUAAUGAGUUACCUGCACGCAGUCGCUUCUCGAGAAGCAAUACCUGAUAUUCUAAAUAUUCUAAAAUAUGAACAGUAGGUAGGUUCCUAUUAGUGUUCCGUACAAAAAUAGGCAAAUCCGAGUACGUAGAAAAAAGUAUAUGAUGAAAACGCCCGCAGUAGCGCUACUUAAAAAUGCCGUUUGCAGCGGGUCGUGUCAUGUAGUUUUGCAUACGUAAAGAAGUAGUUUAUUUUUAUAGUCACCGAGUUGUAUCGACAUAGUAGUUCUAAAAAUAGAAUAUAAAAUACAAAAAAAUGGUAAAGGAAACGUGGACACGGCUCGCAUGUCAUUAACUGUGCCUCAUUGCUCGACCGCGAAUGGGGACUUAAAAGUGCUAAUCUGUUAGCACAAGCAAUAAUCUGUUUGAAAAGUGUGACGAUAAAAUUGACUACUGCGUAAUACACGCAGAUCGAUUUUAAUAAUUCGAUUAAACUUCCAUCACGCGAGUACGGAGCACUAAUUUCGUAAAAUUCGAUAUUAUCGUAAUUUUAAACAUUGAUAUCGAAUGCGUUAUACAACAUCGGCGGAUUACUAUAACUGUUAAUAUUGAUUUGUUAUCCAGUCAUACAGCUGUAUUUAACUGGAGCAGUGCAAUUGUUGAAGUGACGGACGGUCGGGCACACGUCUGGGCACCUCCGCUGGGGAGUGUGGCCACAUGUGGGCCGCUGUUGUUACAGUCGGUACCCACGAUUCUAAAUACCAAUUCUAAAUGAUUAUCUGUAAUUCAACGUUCAUAGAUGUCGUCGAUAUUUUACAAAUUCAAUAAUUUUUAUAUACGUACUUUGCUGCGAGAUUAUUACAAUAAGUAUUUUUACUGUUUGCAUUAAGUUACAAUAGUACUGAAUGACUUGCUAUUCGUGUUGUAAAUGAAUAGUGCAAUUGGUGGGCGAGUGCCAGGUGCUAUGUAGGUGUGGGGCGGAACCGCGCAGCGCAUCACUAGCUUUGCAAUUCAAAUAGAGGUCCGUAGUGUCGCGCUGGUCCCAACAAAGAUUGUUAUCGUACACCAAGUUACAUGCUGAGCGCUUACCAAAACGUGUGCAAAACUCGCCCAAAGAAUAAUAAAGUUAACAAUUUCUCAAAUUAAAGGCUGUGCUUAGACUAUCUUUGAGUUUUAGUUUCAGGUUAGAUAUUUAGUUGUAAUGUUAGUUGUUUUUAUUAUCUACUGUUUACUUGUUAUCACUGCCUGUUCUAAUGUUUUUUUCUAUGUAACUAUUACUAAUUUGUUAUGGCUGUGCGUUGAUCGAGUCAGCAAUUUACCGUAGUCCGUUUGUUAUUAGGUUUCUAAAAAUGUGUUGUAUUUUGUUUGUGCCUCGCCUUAAUUGCUGAUUCGACGUCAGCAGCAAUAGUUGUAGGUAGGUCAUCAAGCUCGUUAGAUAUCUGAUGGUCUCGGUUAACGUUGAUUGUUUAAUUGAGCCUGUAGCGUGCGCCGGGGUGUGCACCUACAUACAUAGUGAUGAUGUUGUUCUAAUGCUUGCUGCCAAUUAUAUGUUGGGCACAGCGCCGCCGGACGCCGAGGCUACUCAAGUGUACAACAAUGUUUUACGCUUACUGUAUUGUGACAAUACCUUAAAAAGUAGUUUCUUUUAUUGUUAUAUGAUAUUUACAUUUGUAACGUACGAGCCAUUAGUGUUCCGUUGUAUUUUGCUGCCGGUUUUUAUAAAACUGCGUUGGUAUUUGAUCAAUUCGUUCUCUGUUUGGAAUGCGAUGUGUAAACUGCUAACAAACAGCAUAACGAGUGUGUUGUUUCAAAACUAAUAGUCGUAGCUCUGGUAUGUUCACGUUCCGUUCAAACAUGUUGAACAUCAUAGCAAUUAGUUUGGUUUAUGACAUGUCUAUAGAAACAGUGCUAAACGUC